AUGUCGGAUGAGCAUCCUGGCUCUAGUGCUGUCUCUGGCUCAGAUCUGCCACAGCCGACGCCGCUUACUCCGGAGGAAGCUUUGACUCUUUCGUCGGUGCCAGACUUGCGAGCCAGGGUGGAUCGGCUUCUUGAGGAUGUGGCAUUGGUUGCUCAGGGACAGCAGAUGAUCAGCCAGAGCCUCACCGAGCUUCGCGAUCAGUUGCAGAGUCUCAUGGUCCGGAUGACUGAUUCUGAGGACGCACACUUGCUUUUGAAAACGGUGGUCAGAGAUCAUGCUGGCUCCUUGCAAAGGCUCAACGACCGUUUGUUCUCGACUAUCCAGGAUGUUACGAGGCUUUCCGAGCGGGAGCCGGGCCGUGCUCGCAGCCGGUCUCCCAGGACUCCUCCCUGA